GUCACCGGCUUCAAGAGCGAUGUGGAGAUUCAGUACCACUACGAAGCGACGCCCUUUGAAACCGAGAGAACACUCCUGCGCAUCGCGCAAGCGCGCAUGAAGAAGUGUCUGGAGACGGAGAAAAGGUCACGGAAGCUGCAGCGCAUAAACCGCGAGGGUGUGCCAACCAUCGGCAUCGUGGGAUACACGAACGCAGGGAAGACCUCUCUGAUGAACCGGCUCACCGAUGCAGGCCUACGCGAAAGAGACCUCCUGUUCCAGACCCUGGAUACCACAAUGAGGAGGGUGAAGCUGCCUUCCGGCGGGCAUGCAAUUAUUGCUGACAGCAUUGGCUUCAUCCAGCACUUGCCGCACAAUCUCUUUGCGGCCUUCCAGACGACAUUGGACGAGAUCGUUAGCUGCGAUGUUCUACUGCAUGUCAGAGAUAUUGCACAUCCCCAGCGCACCAUGCAGAAGGACAUCGUGCUGAAGACGCUGCGUAGCGCUGGAAUGCCUGAAAGCAAGCUGCAGUCGUCGGUGAUCGAGGCGCGACAUCAUGGGCAUGUCGCCUUGCGGCGGUAUCGUGGUGUGCAGAUGGAGACGGAUGCAGAGGUUUAA